GUCGCAAAAGGUGUUCCAUGAGCACCGACACAAACGCUAUGCCGUCGCCGCCACCGUCGUCGUUGCCGCGCGACAUCGCCGUGGAAGACUUGGAAUCCAAGCCUCCAGCGCCUGUGUCGUCGGUGGACCAAGUGGAAACGACAAUUUCUGCCUCCGCGCUGCCACCGUCGCAAGGUGAGACAACUCCAUCGAAUUCAAUUUCGUCGCCACCGCCAACGUCACCAUCCACCACCACGUCGCUUGUGCCAGCGAAGGUAACGCUCUCAUCAGCAUCAGCACUGGUGGCUUGCGAGUCGCUGUCGAUGACAUCACCCCGCCACGCAGCGUCAUCGCCUCCUCCGUCCGGUUCAACGUCGCCGCGCUCCAAUAGCUUCACCAAGUCGUCGCCCCACGACAAGCACAUGUCCCCCGCGAUGGAAUGGCGCAACAAAAGUGUUUCGUGUGAUGCCUUGCGCGGGUUUGAGACAUCGCGAAAAACAUAUAUUGACCCAGGACAAUCGGCCGACCGUCGGUACUGGGAACUUUUUUGCCAGGAGAUUCAGGCCGGUCGCGAGCACAACGCGCGAUUAGUCAAGUUCUUCACACUCAAAGUUCAAGCCGACUUGGCGUACGCCGACAGUUUACGUCGUCUUCGACUCGUGCUGGAUAGCCCGCAUGCAGAUGUGCCAGCCGCGACUGCAUCAUCAUCUUCCAAGGGGUCCAAGUUGAAUCUUCAAGCUGCAUCGUCCUGCGAUCAAGCGUUAUCUGCGCUGGGUGAGAACCAGCAACUGCUGUGUGAAAAGAUCGAAAUGUUUACGAACGCCGUGCAACGCGAUGUCGUCGCUCGCCCAUUUCAAGAAAUGAUCACGAAAUACGAAGAGACUGUGACUACGAUGCUAACUGAAGGCGAACACCUCGACACGUUGCUGCAUUUGACGCAGCGUCGCGUCCAGGAGGCGUUCGCCGUAUACGACGGCGUCUUCCGAGACAUGGAGCGCCAUCGCCACGCGAAAGAUCCAACGCAUCGCGGCGGCGACAAGGAAUCCACGUCAUCGCAUGACUUGUGGCUGGCUGAAAUGACGUAUGGCAUGCACGUGAAGCGACUGCAAAACGUGCGAGUCGAAUACGUCAAAGGGAUGGCUGCGCUCUUUCACCAGCUCAAAACGCUGGAGGUAUUGCGUGUGUCGGUAACCCAGUCGGCGCUCGACAACUUUCUCCGCAAACAAAAGCUCAUCUUUGAAGAGCUUGGGAAUUCGAUGGCGGAACCGCUUGCUAUUGUGCAGAAAAUCGAGCCCGAAAAAGAUUUGAUUCAAACGAUCCGUCGCAUUCCACGCAACAACACGGCGCUGGCCUUGGCUUCCGAGACCCAAGAAGCAGAGUUUUUCAGCUCGUUUCGGUCGCCGCUCGCGAGUCCGUUGGUACGACCGCUCUUGCCACAAUAUUUCGAUUGGAGACUCGUCGGGCUCUUCGUGCUUAAUGGCAACAUUUGCAUGGAUACAUGCGAUGCGGAUCGAGAGGCGAAUUGCGACGGGUGACUCUGCUGUGUGUGGUUGUAGCUGAUUCGAUGCGGGUUCUUAAAGUAUCAAGUGUCGUCCACGAUGUUCAAGAGUUGGAAGGACGUGUUUGGCGUGAUCACCCAGGACCGGUUCUUCCACGUGUUUGAAUUGGACCCUCCGACGUCGGGCAGGUCGACUGCUGUCCCCAAGAGCCUCAACGAGUACGUGCUCGAGUCGCUUCCGACCAACCCCGACGACAACGUCAAGUGCCAUCCAUUUGGGUCGAUAGCCCUGCCGAGCUCCCGCCUCACGAUCGCCAAGGGCACGACACCAUCGUUUGAGAUUGCCGAGGCCGUUGCGUCGACCGGUCUCUUCAGCGUCUUCAAGACCGAAUCGACCAAGCGCCACAUCUUUCAGUGCGUGUCCCAGCCCGAUUUAGUCGACUGGGUCGUUGCCGCCAAGCGACUCAUUCCAGACCCCGUCAAGGCAGUCGCGCCACACUAACUAUACUAUUUUCAAACGGACUCGUGCACCAGCUCCAGUCGGAGACGUAUGACACAUAUUUGCGGU